UUGGAAGCUCCUUGUUGUGUGUCUUCCUUUUUCAUAUAAAAUCUACCCCUUCACCUUUCCUUGCAGAAAUCAAUAAAGGAUUCCUCUCGUUCCUCCUGCAACAACAUUUAACUAACCCAGUAACCGCUCCGUUUCUAAAAAAAAUGGCAGUUCAACGGCUCCUUUUACGAAAUAUACCUCUCAAAACUCUCUGGCCCCACAAAUUUCUUCCUCUCUCUUCCCUUCCCAAUCAAAAUCAUUACCAUAAUUUUGAUGUCAGAACUCUUCAAACCCCAUCAAAUGGGGCACCGUAUUCUUUCAUGGUGGAGAAGAUUCUGUUUAGUUUAAAGCAAGGUAAUAUGAAUUCUUUGCGUAAUUACCGAUUUCGAUUAAACCCAUUAAUUGUAGCUGAGGUUCUUUCGCAUUGCCGUGAUAAUUUGCAGUUGGGUCAAAGAUUUGUUGAUUUUCUUGUAGUUAACUGCUCAAAUUUUAAGCAUUCUUCCAUGUCCUUAAGUGCAAUGAUUCAUGUUCUUGUGAAAUGUAGAAGGUUAUCUGAUGCGCAGGCUCUGAUUCUUAGGAUGGUUAGGAAGAGUGGGGUUUCGCGUGUUGAAAUCGUGGAGUCUUUAGUUUCGACACGUGGGAAUUUUGGGUCGAAUUACUCAGUUUUUGAUUUGUUAAUUAGGACUUAUGUGCAAGCUAGGAAGUUAAGAGAAGGAUCCGAGGUGUUUAGGAUUUUGAGAAGAAAAGGUUUUUGUAUUUCUAUUAAUGCUUGUAAUAGUCUUCUUGGUGGGUUAGUGAAGAUUGGAUGGGUUGCUCUGGCUUGGGACGUGUAUAGGGAAGUUGUUAGAGCUGGGGUUGAAGUAAAUGCUUAUACAUUAAAUAUUAUGGUUAAUGCUUUGUGUAAAGAUAGCAAGAUCAGUAGUGUUAAGUCGUUCUUAUCAGAAAUGGAAGAGAAGGGGGUUCAUGCUGAUAUUGUGACAUACAAUACAAUAAUUAAUGCAUAUUGCCAUGAAGGGCAUGUGGAAGAAGCUUUUAAGUUGAUGAACUCAAUGUCAGAUAAAGGGUUGAAGCCGGGUCUUUUUACUUAUAAUGCAAUCGUAUAUGGGUUGUGUAAGAGAGGAAAUUUUGAAAAAGCAAAGGAAGCUUUGGAUGAGAUGUUGCAGAUAGGGUUGAGUCCUGAUACUGCUACUUAUAACACAUUGCUUGUUGAGAGUUGUAGAAAAAAUAAUAUAUCAGAAGUCGAAGUUAUUUUCAGUGAAAUGUUGCAUCGAGGUUUUGUUCCUGAUUUGAUUAGCUUUAGUUCUCUUAUUGGGGUGUUUUCCAGAAAUGGACAUCUUGAUCAGGCUUUAAUGUAUUUUAAUAAUAUGAAGAGAGCUGGCUUGGUUCCAGAUAAUGUGAUUUAUACUAUUCUUAUAGAUGGGUAUUGCAGGAAUGGCAUCAUGUCAGAGGCCUUAAAGAUGAGGAAUGAAAUGCUAGAGCAGGGAUGUAGUAUGGAUGUUGUUACUUACAAUGCCAUUUUGAAUGGGCUGUGCAGGGAGAAGAUGCUCACCGAAGCAGACAAUCUAUUGCAUGAGAUGGCAGAAAGGGGUGUCUUUCCUGAUUUUUACACUUUCACAACACUCAUUCAUGGACAUUGUAAGGAUGGAAAUAUGAAGAAGGCGCUAAGUUUGUUUGAUGAAAUGACUCAAAGGAAUAUUAAGCCUGACAUUGUGACAUACAACACCUUAAUUGAUGGGUUUUGCAAGGUAGGUGAAAUGGAGAAAGCCAAGCAGCUCUGGGUUGGCAUGAUAUCUAGAAAGAUUCUUCCUAAUCACAUUUCUUAUGGAACUCUGAUAAAUGGGUUUUGCAGCAUAGGUCAUGUUUCAGAAGCAUUCAGAGUGUGGGAUGAAAUGGUUGGGAAUGAUAUUAAGCCCACUCUUGUUACUUGUAACAGUAUCAUCAAGGGCUAUUGUCGAUCAGGUGAUGCAUCAAGGGCUGACGAGUUUUUAUCCAAGAUGACAUCAGAAGGAAUUAUUCCUGAUAGCAUCUCAUAUAAUACUCUUAUCAAUGGAUUUGUCAAAGAAGAGAAUAUGGACAAAGCUUUUGUUUGGAUUAACAAGAUGGAGAAUCAAGGGCUUUUGCCUGAUGUUAUUACAUACAAUGUGAUCUUGAAUGGGUUUUGUAGACAGGGUAGAAUGCAAGAAGCUGAAAUGGUAUUAAGGAAGAUGAUUGAGAAAGGCAUAGAUCCUGAUAGGUCUACAUAUACAUCACUCAUAAAUGGACAUGUCACCCAGGACAACUUAAAGGCGGCAUUUCAGUUUCAUGAUGAAAUGGUGCAACGGGGGUUUGUGCCUGAUGAUCAGUUUUAAUCAUUCUUGGUUGAAAUAUCUGAUGAACUUUGUUAAUUUUGUUCUGUGCCAAAUAUAUACUGAAGGUUAGUUUUCCUGUCUUCAUACAUAAUUCUUUAUAGUUUGCAAUAGAGUUCCAUGAUUGAUGAUUUUAAUCUCUAUGGUCUAAGCAUUAGUCAGGAAUGGUCAAGGAUACAGUGAAGCAGAUAUCUGAAUUUGUCACUCUAGAGUUGAUGUUCAUUAUAUUCAGGUGAACAAAUGCAAGGAGAAGAGGGAACAGGGUAGAGUUCUAAUAUGUUGCAGCAUGUAUGGUUUGGCAAAUGCUGGAAGGCAGAUGAGAGAGACAAGAUAGAGCUCUAAGGAGUUGCAGCAUGUGUGUCUUUUAAAUGGUGAAAGGCAAUACAAUAAAUCUUUUGUUGAACUUUUUCAAGGCAUGAUUGACAAAUUGACAAGCCAACAAUUAGAUUUCUUGUGUUUCAGAGCAUGGGUAACCGACAUGUAAACUAGUUAAUAAUGAUUUAUUGGAUUGGAUGUGAUUGACUGACUGAAGGGGGCAUAUCUCUAAUGGAGUUCUGUAGUACAGAUGAUAAAUACACUAAUUUCUAUCCAAAUGGUGAGGGGGUUGUAUGAAUCCAGUGGAGUAAAUCUGAGAUCAAAAAGGAAGAAGGCAAGUUUUCCUAAACAAAGCUCAGAAGAUUGUUGGAACCUCUGGUUACUUCUGCAGUCCCUUCCAAAGUGGUAGGAGGUUACGUUUAAAGAUGGGCUGAUAAAAAGCAGAUGAUGUAGCCAGGAGAUCUAAAAUGGGAAGAUCUCCUUUUUCCAAAAUGACGUUAGUUUAGAAAGUCAUGUGGUUGAUUUUGCUUCUUAUUGUGGCUGCUGGUCUGUUGUGUUCUUUGUAUUUCUUUGUUGGCAGCUUCUUUCUUUUAUUUGAUCUGCUGGUACUGUUGUUAGUGGAGGUUUCUAUGCUUUUCCUUUUCUGUUGUCUUCUUUGUUCCGUUCUUGUUCUCUGAUGUCAAUUAGCGGCCCCUUGGUAUGCUGUUGUAGCAGGUUGCCCUGCUUUUCAUUAAUCCGAAAAGGGGAAGAAACAAUUUUACAUGGUAA